CUCGUAAUAACUUCUGUCCAGUGGGUUGGUUCGCCCAUGGCUCUCGCUGCUUCCUGUUCGUCAAUACUCCCAAGACCUGGUACAGUGCUGAGGAGCACUGCAACAACCUGGGUGGCCACCUGGCCUCGGUCACCAACCCCAGAGAGUACAGCUUCCUGCAGCAGAUCUCAGGCGGCUCGAGCACAGCGUGGCUGGGAGGCUUCAACCUGCAGGGCCAGUGGAUGUGGAUUGACCGCGAGGGUUUCUAUUACACCAACUGGUACUCACCUUUGUCCUCCAGCAGCUACCCCUGCAUCUACCUACGAAACAACU